UAGAGCAAGCCAUAGUUCCUACGUAACAUUUGAAGCAUCCAAAGAGAGGCGACGAGCGCGAAAUUAAAAUGCUAUCUUAUUCUUCUGUUCACCUCGCUUCCCCUUUCAACCAUCACCAAACAAUCCUCUCCAGUUCUCCUCGUAGAGGAUUGAUACCAAACGACUCGUCCGCUUCCUUUUCCUACCGCCCUCGCCCCUCUCCUUCUCUGACCUCCUCCCUUUCCCCCGUCGCCGCGCUUCCGGCCGGCUCGUCUGCGACAACGCUCGUAGACGAGGCGGAGCAAGAAGCAGCUCCUUCGCUUCCGUCCCCCCUGAAGCGGGAGUUGCUUCCCGGCCACGUGGCCAUCAUAAUGGACGGAAACUCGAGGUGGGCCCGAGCAAGGGGGAUGCCGACGUCGGCGGGGCACGAGGCUGGCUACCAAGUCCUCAAGAAAAUCCUGGAGCUCUCCUAUAAGUGGGGGAUUCGAACGCUCACCGUCUUCGCCUUCUCUGCCGAGAACUGGAACCGCCCCAAGGUGGAGGUCGAUUUCCUGUUGAUGCUGUUCGAGAGAGUGCUGAAGGAGGGCAUUGAAGAUUUUAUGAGGGUAGGAAUUCGGAUAUGCUUAAUUGGCGACUCUACAGAACUCCCAGAAUCUCUACAGAAGCUAAUCAAAGAAGUAACAGAGGCGACUAAGAACAACACAAAGCUUGAUUUCAUUGUGGCAAUCAGUUACAGUGGGCGAAGGGACAUAACACAAGCAUGCAAAAGCAUUGCAGAGAAGGUGAAACAUGGUUUGAUUGAGCCUGCAGACAUCACAGAGUCACUUGUUGCUCAAGAGCUCGAGACAAACCGCAUUGUUGAGCUUCCUUAUCCAGACCUACUUAUCCGAACAAGCGGUGAGCUGCGGCUCAGUAACUUCUUGCUGUGGCAAUCUGCAUACAGUGAGCUUUUCUUCACAGAUACACGUUGGCCUGACUUCGCGGAGGCGGACUAUAUCGAGGCAUUGACCUGUUACCAAAGUAGGCAGAGGCGCUUCGGCCAACGUAUAUAACAAAAGUCCUAAGAUGAUGGUGGCGUUGCCUCUUAUACAAACUCUAAGUCAAUCUAGAUACUCUUGCCCCUUAGGCCCUUACAACAGAAGGAGUUGUAUCAGCCUCUCUAUAAAAUCGAUCAGGUUGAGCAACUUUAGUGUAAAUAGAUUAGCAGAAAAGUUGUAAUAUCUACUUGAAUAAUUAUUAGUGGAAUUCUACUAACAGGAUAUCCUUUUGGGACUAUCCUGCAGCAUGCUAUAUAGCAAAUAAGAAAUUAACCUUA